UAGUAGCCCUACUUGUAUUGUUCUCCGCUUGAUAUAUCGCUUUCCUUGUAUUUCCUCAUUUGUAAGUCGCUUUGGAUAAAAGCGUCCGCUAAAUGGAUAAAUGUAAAUGUAUACUUGAAUAUUUUCACUAAACACAAAGUAACAUAACACUUUUCCAUUCUUCUCUCCUUUCUUUAGGUGAGUGUUUGUGUAUUGUGCCCAGCAUAAUUAUUCACUCAUCUUGCACUUUUCCUCAUUGUGUUACAACCUGGAACUGAAAUGGACUUAAUUGGGAUUAUAUGUCAUGAAGCUACACAAAAAUGUCCAUAAUACUGAAAUAUAGGAACAAUCCAUCCAUCUUCUAUACCGCUUAUCCUUCUCAGGCCCACGGGGGAACCUGGAGCCUAUCCCAGGGAGCAUGGGGCACGAGGCGGGGUACACCCUGGACAGGGUGCCAAUCCAUCGCAGGGCACAAUCACAUACACAUUCACACACCCAUUCAUACACUACGGACACUUUGGACAUGCCAAUCAGCCUAUCAUGCAUGUCUUUGGACUGGGGGAGGAAACCGGAGUACCCGGAGGAAACCCCCGCAGCACAGGGAGAACAUCCAAACUCUGCACACACAGGGCCAUGGUGGGAAUCGAACCCCCGACCCUGGAGGUGUGAGGCGAACGUGCUGACCACUAAGCCACUGUGCGCUAGGGGAACAAUUUUGCACAAGUUUUUUUUUUUUUUUUUUUUUGAAACCCCUAAAUUACUUCUGAUGGAAUCAGAAGUCACAUAAUUAUUUGGAUGGAGUCCACCGAUGUGCAAUUAAACCCCUGUCAGGUGUCAGAGUUCAAUUUUACCUACGCAAACAGCAUUAUGAAGACCAAGGAGCUAUCAAAACACGUCUCUUGUUUUCCUCAGAACAAGUUCUGGAAAAGUAUUAGUUAAGGUUUGGUUAUGAAAAAAAAUGUCCCAGACUUUGAACAUCCAAUGGAGCACAGUUAAACCCAUUAUUAAAAAUGGAAAGAGUACGGCACGACUGCGACUAGAGGAGGCCGUCCAGCGAAAGUCCGAGACCGAGUACAGAGGGGUUAGACAUAGAAGAAACCAAGAGGUCAAGGGUAACUCUGAACAUGAGAUAUAAUCCACUUCAGUUCCAUGUUGUAACACUACAAAAUGUGGAGAAACACAAGGGGUUGUGUAUUUUGACUUGAAGGUCAGUGUUCUCCUAUGUGUGCAUAUGUGUUUUGACUAGAGCUCUGCACUCUUCCCCCUCUCCCCCACAGGUGUGCCCAUGAUGGAGCUGAAAGACAGCUGUGGCAGCGAGGGUAGCCAUGAAACAGAAAGCGCUGGCACAGGCAACCUGUCAGGCCCCUUCUCCUGGCACUUGUUUGCCCAGCGCAGCACGCUACAUGGACUGCGUUACGUCUUCCCAGCCCGUCGCUCCUCAGCACUGCGACGUGUACUCUGGAGCGCAGCUCUACUGGCCUGUCUUGGUCUGCUGGCACUGGAGGGUGCGGAGCGCGUAGCCCACUUCCUGUCAUAUCCACAUGUGGCUAGCGUGGGCGCUGUGCCUGCAACGAGCCUGGUGUUCCCUACUGUCACCGUGUGCAACCUGAACGCCUACCGCUUCACGCGGCUCACGCGUAAUGACCUGUAUCAUGCAGGAGAAUUGCUGGCACUACUUGACGUGCAUCUGCAUGUGCCCGAGCCACAGCUGGCCGAGCCCCACGUGCUUGACUUUCUCGCAGAGCGCGCCAAUUUCAGUGGCUUCCGGCCCAAACCGUUUAGCAUGCGCGAGUUCACUGAGCGCGUCGGCCAUGACCUACACGAGAUGAUGCUUUACUGUCGCUACGAGGGCCAGGAGUGCAGCCACCGGGACUUCAAAACCGUGAGUACAUGCCUUUUUUACAUUUGAAUUUAGC